AUGGCAUCCCAGGACCCAGUGCAGUGCCUUACGGAGAUAUUCAAGGCAGAGGAACAAGAAGGCAAGGAUUUGGUCCCGGUACUCGAGAUGUUGAAGGCACUGAGGACUGGGGAGGAUAAGAGCCCCGAGAAGGCAGAGGAAGACACGGAGAAGCUGAAGCAGGCAGUAAAGGCUUGUGCAGAUGCUAGUCGUGAUGAGGAAUGGCGUACGCCAAUUGGCGAAGCUCAGAUACUCACAUUCUUCCAAAGUGUACUUGCAUCAAACUACGAGGAUCAUGACAUUUGUCUACACUCUCUCCGUCUUCUUGGGAACUGUUGCGCCGAUAAUGACAAGAACCGCCAACGGGUUAUCGAUAAUCCGGAGUCCCUUACCCCAAUACUUGAAUGUAUAAAAAACUCAGAUUUACAAAAAGUUGGGCUUAUGGUCCUCCAUAAUAUUUGCCUAGACUACGAGCCCUCCCAGUUGAAAGCUAUCUCGGACGGUGCAUGUCCUGUUCUACUAGAAAUAAUCGGACGUAAAGGGUUCCUAGAAGAUGAGGAGCUUGACUACUUUGGCCGUGUCCUCGAGCUACUUCUUUCUCAUGAUGCCGGAAGGGAAACUUGUCCCUCUCGACCCGUCAUCGCCCGCGUUCGGGGCUGGCUGAGCGAGACGGAUGAUGAGAAGAUCGACUUGACUGUAGCUGCCUGUCUUAUUCUCGGUAAUAUCGGUCGUAGUGAUGAGGUUUGCAGCAGUCUGGUGCAGGAGUAUGAGGUGCACAAAGAGCUGUUUGACAUCAUAAGACGUACGAUCAAGAAGUACAACGACGCUAAAGCUGCGGCUUUGACUAAGAAGGAGAAGGCAGUGUCUAUUCCAGAGGGAGAGGAGAAGCCAGGUGCGGGACAAGGUGCUGUGGCAGUGGGAGUUCUCCAUGCCGCAACGGGAGUGCUAAAGAACCUUGCAAUCGCGAAGACGAACAAAGCGGUGCUUGGAAGUGCAGGUGUAUUCGACCUGAUAUGGGACAUGUUGAGCAUGGAGGGGGUGGGAGUGGGACAAGUUUGGUAUUCGGCUGUUGGAUUAGGGAGAUUGGUCUGCGUUGAUUGCAUUGAAAACGUAACCCUCGCACUGCAGCCAUCUCCUGAGAGAGACGAAAAAACAAUUCUUACCCGCUGCCUUGAGAUUUACAACACUGCGGAAGAACUACCCACCAGAACCGAAAUCGCACGAACCAUCGUUGCAAUGUUCCGUGUUCUCAACGCCUCUUCCACUUACACUUCCGCCUCCCCCGAAUUGGAGAAAAAGCUCUACACUCACAACAUCGCGGCACCUCUUUGGGCUAUGAUAACCCAGGACAAAUGGCCUGUCGUCCGCACAGAAGGGCUGUUUGGACUGGUCAUCAUGGCGAGAGGUGCAGCUGAGAGCGUGUGGAUGGGAUGCGGCGCGGAAGAGGAAAAGGCGUUGAAGGAGCUCAAAGCAAAGGACCUUGAUAAUGCCAUUAUCCUGAUGUCUGAGAUCAAGAAGAAUCUGGGUGAUGACGCGGAUGAUGGGGUUGGGGAAUUACUGGGAGUCUUGGUGGAGAAGAAGGGGGGUGAUGUGGCGGCGGAAAGUAAAGCUCGUCUCGAUAUACAUAUUCCUCAUGAGAUUAUACAAUAG